AUGGAGCGCGUGUGGGACAACGGCGAUAUAUACAAAAGCGUUUACGAGGGGUUGUACUGCACAGGGUGCGAAGAGUACAAGGACGAGAAGGAUCUCUUGGAGGGUCUCGUCUGCCCGUCGCAUCUCAAGCCGUGCUCCGAUAGGAAGGAGGAGAACUACUUUUUCGCACUCUCCAAGUAUCAACAAAAGCUCGAGGCUUUUCUAGAGGAUAACCCCGACUUUGUCCUACCACAAGAGCGAAGAAACGAAGUUCUUGGGUGGGUCAAGAGCGGUCUCCGCGACUUUAGCGUUAGUCGAGCCAACAACCCGUGGGGAAUUCCGGUUCCUCGGGAUGAAUCUCAGACCAUCUAUGUCUGGUUUGAUGCCUUACUUGGAUACGUAAGCGCUUUGCUGGAAGACGCGGAUACACCUGAUUUGGACACGGCACUUGCGAAAGGGUGGCCAGCAGAUGUCCACAUUAUAGGAAAGGACAUACUCCGCUUUCAUGCCGUGUACUGGCCCGCCAUGCUCAUGUCAGCAGGCGUGCCGCUCCCGAAGAGGGUUAUCGGUCACGGUUUUCUUACCAAAGAUGGCAUGAAGAUGGGAAAAAGCCUGGGAAACACACUGGAUCCAGUUGCUUUGGUGAAUACCUACGGUGCCGAUGCGGUGCGGUACUACUUUUUGAAAGCUGUCGAUUUUGGGAGGGAUGGCGACUUUUCCGAGCAGCGUUUCGUCGAAAUUGUGAACGCGGACUUGGCAAACUCCCUCGGAAACCUGUUGAACAGGUCCUUGAAUCUAUUGAAGAAAAAUUGUGGCGGUGUUUUGCCAAUCUCUGCCGCGGACCUAGGACGCGAUGAGGCAUAUGCGGAGGAAAUGCAGCUUCGCCGAGUGUCCGCGAGUGCGACGGAAAACGCGUUUACUUCUUACGCAGACCUCGACUUUAUGUCGGCAUGUAACGAAGUCAUGCGGAUUUCGAAUAUAGCCAACAUGUACAUUGAUCGUGUGGCGCCUUGGAAAAAGUUUAAGUCAGAUGACAUGGUCGAGGUGAGGGAGGCGGAAAGGUGUAUAGUCAGCGUUUUGGAAGGAUCUCGAAUUGUUGCAGCUGGUUUAAGCCCUGUCGUGCCGGAGGUGUCCAUGAAGAUAUAUGAGGCGUUGGGAUUUGCGGCAGACUACGCCUCGGGUCUUGAUUGGGAGAAGGAAAUGAGAUGGGGCAAGCUGCCUGCCGGAAUAGUGUUGGGGAAGCCAAAGCCUGUAUUUCCGAGACUGGAGCUAGCAGUUAGGGAGGCAGUAGCUGUACCAUAGUGCGUGCGUCGAAAAAGGCCCCAAUUCGUAUAUAUCGGCCCUGAUCCUCAACUGCCCACUCUCUAAACGAGAAUCCUGUUCCCAAGUGCACGGAUACUUUUG